AUGGCGCACGAACAGAACCCCGAGGCGGUGAUGCACCAAGUCAAAGCCGAGCUCGCGAACGCGUACGCGCAGGAGUUCUUCACGACGGUUCGGGACAAGUGCUUUCAAAAGUGCGUCACCAAACCGGGCGGGUCGAUGUCGAGCGGCGAAGCGACGUGCCUGUCGAGGUGCACGGACAGGUACGUCGAGGCGACGAAGAUGAUUUCGCACGUCGUGUUGCAAGCGUACUCCAAGGGUGGGGUGUGA